AUACAAAAUGUAUACAGUACAUAUGAAAAAAGUACACGAAAAAUCAUCAGCAAAACAUUGACUUAUCAAUUCAUUCUCGUUUAUAAUUCUCCUAUUUAAUAUCUUUAUUUAUCACAUGGACAAAUGAUUUAUACUUGAAUGGAGUGCCAUCAGACCCUUGAUACGUAAGCAAGCUGUGAUUUCUAGCAAAACUGGUCAUACAUCGGUCAUCCGUGGACAAGAGAACCAUGAAGCUUAUCUCCCUCGCAUAUUUUCUCUCAUUACUUGUAUAUGAACUUAAUACAAGUUUUGCAUACAAAGCAAGUAAAGUCUUGCCGCUUGUUGUGAUAACAUGGAACUACCAAAAUGCUACUCAAACAGCUUGGGAGACGUUAUACCAUCAGAAGAGAAGCGCUGUGGAUGCCAUAGAAGAAAGCGGCAGCCUGUGCGAAAGAAUGCAGUGCAGAAAGACUGUAGGAUUUGGUGGCAGUCCUGAUGAAUGUGGGGACACAACGCUCGAUGCUAUGAUAAUGGAUGGGGUAACGAUGGAUGUUGGAGCUGUUGGUGGAAUACGCAACAUAAAAAGUGCUAUAUCGGUGGCCCGAAAAGUAUUGGAAAACACUAAGCACUCACUGUUAGUCGCAAGUGGAGCGACUAAAUUUGCUGAGGGAUUCGGAUUCAAGAAGGAAUCGUUACAAACUAACGAAUCCUUACAAAUGUGGACGGAUUGGAAGACGAAUAAUUGUCAGCCAAAUUUCUGGAAGAACGUAAAUCCCGACCCUACGAAGAGCUGCGGCCCCUACUUACCAGCAAAAAAAUAUGGAAAAUCGGAAAAUACAUUGGACAAUUAUCCGCACUCGAACGAGAAUAAUCACGACACAAUCGGAAUCAUAGCCAUCGACAGAAAGGGUAACGUGGCUGCAGGAACUUCGACGAAUGGUGCAAAGAACAAGAUCAAGGGGCGAGUAGGUGAUUCACCAAUCGCUGGUGCCGGUGCAUAUGCCGAUCAAGAGGUUGGAGCUGCUGCUGGCACAGGUGACGGUGAUAUAAUGAUGAGAUUUUUACCAAGUUUUCUUGCGGUCGAGGAAAUGCGACGUGGAGCUGAACCGGCUGAUGCUGCAGCCACAGCAAUAAAAAGGAUAGCAAAACAUUAUCCGACGUUCACCGGAGGUGUGAUAGCCUUAAGUAUAAACGGUUCUUAUGGAGCAGCGUGUAACGGAAUCCGUUCGUUUCCAUACUACGUCAGUAAUCCGCUGCUCGGAAAACCGACAUUGAUGGCUGUCCGUUGUAAUGAACAAACGGAUAACGAUUAGCGAGCAUCCGAAUGAACUGAAUGCUCAACAAAUUUUCCAUUUCGUAUCGCCCUUGGCGUUUCAUUUAACCUUUCGUAAAAUAUUUGUGAUAUUUUUCAAUUAAUGAACCACCCACGGUCAGUAGAUCCCGCAGAAUUUGUUCUUUGGUUCUUUUUUUUCUUCAUAUUUUAUGAUUGUGAAUUCGUUUUCGCAACAACACAUCGUCAAACCGACAUUUUCAGAAUUGAUCAUGAUACGUCAAGAAUAAUGGUAUCCAGUUUAAUAUUCUGUAUUUUUUUGUAAAACUAUUUUCGGUGAAACGAUUUUUAUAAAAUAAUAUUUUCAACAGCUCUCUUGAAAAAAGUCUCGAAUAUUAUGCUUUUUUUUGCACGUCAGUCGACAUGUCUCUAAUAUAAUUAUAUACUAUUCGAAAGCUUGUCACAAAUAAGGACAAAACCCAAAACUGGUAUAGUAAAAUAUUAAGUUUGUUCAAUUAGUACGACUAUUUUACAAAACUGUUGAAAAAAUAAAUAAAUAAACGGUGUAGACUUUCGUUUUGAGGUCUCACUGAAAUCGAA